UUAAAGAUGGGUAGCAGCAAUCUCUUUCUCCUCCAAAAAUCCUUUCGACCUUCACUUUACAUGCCUUUUUCCACAGCCCAUCACUGCAAUUUCUUUAAGUUUCAGGGAUUUAGCCACCAAAGCAAUGGUGAAGAAAACAAAGAGGAUUUCCUUCAUUUAGCCCGAAACAAUGAUUCACUAACAGAGAAAACUAGUUCAAUCGAUUCGAAAUUGAACCAAAAAAGAAAAGCCAACGAGGAAGCCAUGGCCGACCAAGACCAAGGGUUGGCUAGCCAGACCGUGGAGAAAGUACAAGACGGUGCGGCCGAGGCACUCAAUAGUCAUCCCAAGGUUGAUGCAGUCAAGGAUAGGUACAAGGACCAUGAACCAGGGGCUGACUACCACAAGACUGGAGACAAACUAAACCAUGAAAAGCAAUAAGAAUAUAUAAGUUGAAAUAUGUUAUAAAUCUUUGUACUUUUUAUAAAUUUAGAAUUUAUAUCUUUACUCUUUA